ACAACACAAAAAUACUGCAGGCUAGGGAAUAAAAUACACUAAGAAUAGUAAUUUCACCUGGCUUUAUGUGUGUGGCAAAGAAAGUAUUCUGCAUGCAUGGGACAUUUUCACAUAAUUACAUUAAUAGUGUAUUAUUUAUUCUGCCACAGAAAUUUUAAUUCUAUUGCAAAUUCUACUGCAGGAUCUCAUAUUCCUAUUUUGUAUCCUAAAGCGAUAAAAGCACGACAAAGAAAAGAAAUAUACUUAAAACAAAGUCUGUGUUGAUCUAACUUGCACUACAGUUCCCAUGAUGCCCCGGCAGCCAUUCGUGUGCGCGGUGCUUCUGCACAGCCGCUGCCGUCUUUGCAGAUUUAUAAACAAUGCAGAUAGAUCGACUCUAUCUGGAGAAGCCACAUAGAGAAAUCCAGAUGAUUUUUACAGCUGCUAAAAUGCGUUGCCGCUCCUGAACGUAACCUCAGUUUAUAUUUUGCUUAAAGGAGACGCAACAAAGCGCACAAAAUGGUUGUGCUCCAGAUCCGGCCGAAUAAGUAGGUUUACUAUAGCUUUAAGAACGCGAAAAUAGUGUCUGCUUCUUUAAAAUUAUAUCGGUUUAUUGCUGAAUAGAUAAUUAAGAAAAGUUUUCAAUUUCUAAUCAAUAAAUACAUGCAUUUAAUUUGCGACGAACCCAACGCAAUCACAGAAAAUGCCCCACUGUUGGAUAAAGGCCGCUUGCAAUCAAAACGUCUUUUAACCAGACGUCCGUUUUUCCUCAAAUUGCAAGUAAACCUGCUUGACUUUAAGCGGAAUUUGAGGUAGGCUGAAGUGUGCUCACGGUGAUGGAACCGGCCGGGCACCGAACCGGGGGUGUAAAAGGUGAAGAGCCGGCGGAGGACAAGGCCGCAGAGCAGACCGCGGCCACCAGUACGACCGUUACACCGCGGAGGGGGCUCAGAGAGCGGGGGGCGGGCCGCCCGAGGUCCGGCGUCUCCGCUUCAUUAACAGACGUUAACGGAGCAGCGUCGAGCCCGCAGAGCUCAGGACGGGUUUUAAGAGACAGGUCAACGAGGGCUGUACCGGCCUGGCUGAAGGACAUCAAGAGCGACGACGACGAAGACGAACCGAGCCCGGACACCGGUGCGACCAAGCGGAGGAAAGUUUCCAACUCGAGGCGGAAGAAAAAUUCAGAAUCUGCAGGUUCGGCUGAGGCUGGAGGGGGCGUAGCAGGUGACAUCUUUCAAAGAACAGACUCAGAGGACCCCAAGAAACCUGCCACAGAUGCUCAAGCUCCUCCCUCCAGACGCCCCCCAGCCCAGACUCGUGCCAAGCCCCCGUCUGGCAGGGUUGUCCGCGGCUCUGCCAAGCCUGUGUGUAAGACUGAACCUGGAAUGGAGAAUCCAGCUGCAGUAAAAGAAGUAAACAAUAAAGAGAAGUAUGAAAUUAAAAAGAAAGAGGACGAAAGAAAGGAUGUUGCUGAACCAGUCUUGGACGAUGAAGACUUUUCAUUUCACGAUGACCCACGCGGCCUCAGCUACCAGCCACAGAACCAGAGUGGUGUAGAGGAGGAGGAGGGCCUCAGCAGUGAUGAAGAUGUCCCUUUUAGAGAUGACCUAAAUGACCAGAGCUACAACCCAAGGGCGGAAAGGGAUGCCCCUAAACCAAAGCGCAAAGCUCCUCCUAGACAGAAGGAGAAGAAAGAGAAAGAGAGGGCACCUAAAAAAGAGAAAGAGGUUGCUGAGAUAAAAAUAGAAGGUUCGGACAACUUGGAGAGUGUGGAAGAGGAAGUAAAGCUAGAAGAAGAAAUAGUGGAGGACCCGGAUGGACCAAGGAAGAGAGGCCGGCGGAAAAAAGAUGAUAAAACCCCACGGCUGCCAAAGAGAAGGAAGAAGCCCCCGGUGCAGUAUGUGCGCUGUGAAAUGGAAGGAUGUGGGACAGUCCUGGCUCAUCCUCGCUACCUACAGCACCAUAUAAAGUACCAGCACUUGCUCAAGAAGAAGUAUGUAUGUCCUCACCCGUCUUGUGGAAGGCUUUUCCGACUACAGAAGCAGCUGCUGCGUCAUGCAAAGCACCACACAGACCAGAGGGACUACAUCUGUGAGUUCUGUGCUCGUGCCUUUAAGAGCUCCCACAACCUGGCUGUGCACCGCAUGAUUCACACAGGAGAGAAACCCCUACAGUGUGAAAUCUGUGGCUUCACGUGUCGUCAGAAGGCAUCUCUAAACUGGCACAUGAAGAAGCACGAUGCUGAUGCCACCUAUCAGUUCUCCUGCUCCAUUUGUGGCAAGAAGUUUGAGAAGAAGGACUGUGUAGUGGCCCAUAAGGCCAAGAGUCACCCCGAGGUGCUAAUCGCUGAGGCGCUGGCAGCCAACGCUGGAGCCCUCAUCACAACCCCCGCCUCCCUGCUGGAGCUGCCAGGAAACCCCAUGCAAGCAGAGGUCACCAGUCUGGACGUGAGCCAAGUAGGGCAGGAUGGGCAGAUGGACCAGCUGAGCCAGGAAGGGCAAGUUGGGCAGCAAGUGGCUCAGGUGUCCCAGAUGGGUCACGUGACCCAACAAGUGAGUCACCAGGUGGUUUUACUGGGACAAGACCAGAGCCUUCAUACCAUGCAGGUGCCAGUGACGAUUGCCCUGUCCCCCAUCGACCCCCCUUCGCCAGCUGACAACCAGCAGCAGACUCACCUCCAGCUCCAGAUGCCCGUCCAGUUUGUGCAGGCCGCUCAGCAGCCGCAGCAGCCCCAAAUCCAACAACUGACCCUCCAUUCCAGCUCAGUGGUGACACAGCAUCAACCCCAGCUCCAGCCUCUUCAGUCAUAUUCCUCCCAGCAGCAGAGCCAGGGGCAGACACAAAUCCUUCAAAUGACCUUCCAGCCGGUCAGCCAAUCUCAGACCCACAUUCAGCAGAUCCCCAUUCUAGCGACUUCUCAGCAGCUUCAGACCCUGCAGACAGCCACCCCGAGCCCUCCUCUCCUGUCCCCAUCCCAACCCCAUCCCCAGUCCCAGGAUCCAGCCUCCACCAACGGGGGCAGCUUUAUUCUGGACAAUCCGGUGCUCUCGUCCUCCUCUCCGUCAGUCAGUUGCCUUCAGCAGACAGAAGCUGUGGGGGCAGACGGUGUGGUCUGGGAGCAGACGGGACAAGGGGACGUUCUGUCGGACAGCAAUGAGAGACAUGUGCAGCAGGCCCUCAUGUAAAACAAGGAAAGUGCACACAAAACAGAAGAUAGAGGCAGAUUAUGUCACCAGUGACCUAAUAUACUGUAUUACAAUGUUUGAGGUAAAUGUAGGCUCACCAAUAUAUUAUUUACUGUUCACUCAUAGUCAUAUUUGGUAGCUUUUUAGAAUAUCUGUAUCAGGGAAACAUAUGUAUGUGUCGGUAUGUGUAAGUUGUUGCCUUUGUACAUAAGUCAUGUAAACUUAACUAAACUUUUAUGUGAGUGUGUGUAUUGAUGCUGAGGUUAUGUUGCAAUGCUGUUGCUAUUAUGCAAUAAUAUAGCAUACCUCUUCGUAAUAUACAGCACAUCAAAUGCCUAGUGUGUGGCAUAAAGGUUCCUACUGGAACAAAUCAACUCUAUUUAUAUUAUGAAUUAACUCAAAACACACAUUAGAAAGCUAUAAACAGACUCCAAUAUGUACGGGGUGAGUAAAUUCUGUUUAAAUGAACAGGCAGCUAUUUUUUCAUUUGUUGUCCAGAUCUACUGUAAAGCCUUUAUUUGGCAAGGUUAAAAGAAAAUAGAACUGAAAACAAUCUAAAUGAGACACAUUUCAAAACCUGGAAAAAAGAUGUUUCACAGGCCUGUAAAAAAAAAAUAAAAAAAAAAAUAUCACACAAUAUGCAUAUUUUAGUGAUGUUGGCAGUGUCAUUAAAUUGUUUCAAUGACAUCUGUGCAGAUGUUUGUUAAGCUUGGCUGGUGGUAGACUUAGAAGGAAUAAUACCCCGUAUAAUGUAUGCACUACUCACAAAAGUCCUCUAUUAUAGGCAGCCAAAAGGUGACCUUGGACAUUGUAAAUCACAUAUGAACCCAUAAAAUAACAGCAAGUCACUGAAUUAGACAAACUCAAAUUGUGUCAAUAACCUUUGAAGUGUAAGGUAAUUAAUAAGCAAGGCUAUGUAGAAACCUUGGUACGUAUGUCAAUACUAAAUCUGCACCUCUCUGAUUUGUGAUUUAGGAUGUGUGGUAGCGCAAACACAGGAACUGUUCAUUUAUAUGAUGUAAAUAAAUGUCUUAACAUUUA